CAGGCAGGUCACCAUGGCGGCACGUGACUGGGCGGGCUGAGCUGUCACGUGCCGCUGUGUGUCAGUGUCCGCCGGCCGGCAGCCUCCAUGGACAGCGAUGAGGAGAACGUGGAGGAGGUGGUGGAAGGCCCAUUGGAUGAAGAUGGCCAGCCUCACGGCUUCUGUACGGUAACCUUCUCAUCCAGCGAUCGCUUCGAAGGACACUUCACCCACGGAGAGAAGAAUGGAAAGGGGAAGUUCUUCUUCUUUGAUGGCAGCACUUUGGAGGGUUUCUACGUGGACGAUGCUCUGCAGGGUCAGGGGGUGUACACACAUGAAGACUGCAGUUGUCUCAAUGGAACGUACGUGGACGGUGAGCUCAACGGGCCCGCUCAGGAGUUCGAUGGCGAGGGCCGGCUGGUGUUCAGGGGCCAGUACAAAGACAACAGCCGCUGUGGGGAGUGCUGGGUUUACCACCCCGAUGGGGGCUGUGUGUUCGGGGAGGUGAACGAGGAAGGGGAGAUGAGCGGUGAUUCAGUGGCCUACGUCUACCCUGACGGCUGCACGGCGCUCUACGGGAGCUUUGUGGACGGGGAGCUGAUCAAGGCUCGGCUUGCCUCUCUCAGCUCCGAGACGGGAAGGCCGCGCUUCCAGAUCACAGUCAACAGUCCCGUCUUCUCCUAUGACAAGUCCACGUCCUCCUGCAUGGCCACCCAUGCUCUGCUUCCUGACCCCUAUGAGAGCCAGAGGGUGUUUGUGGCCGACUCUCUGAUCCGAGGAGCAGGCCAGGGUCUGUUUGCCAGGACAGAUGCUGAGGCCGGGACGGUGAUGGCAUUUUAUAACGGAGUCCGCAUCACUCACUCUGAGGUGGACGGUCGGGACUGGUCCCUGAAUGGCAACACCAUCUCUCUAGACGAAGAAACUGUAAUUGACGUACCUCAGCCGUUCGACCAGACUGAAGUGUACUGCGCCUCCCUAGGUCACAAAGCCAACCACGCCUUCAUCCCCAACUGCAAAUACGACCCGUUCGCCCAUCCACGGUUUGGACUAAUCAAAUGCAUCCGCACCUUAAGGGCAGUGCAGAAAGGGGAGGAGCUAACAGUUGCCUAUGGCUACGAUCAUGAGUCCAGUGGCGAGAAUGGACCGGAAGCUCCUGAGUGGUACAAGAAAGAGCUGGAGGAAUUCCAGCAAAAGCAGGAAGCUCCUACAGGCCAAUGAGGACAGGGAUGAAGACUGAGCGACAGGAAGACACCCCCUCUACCAGUCCAUGACCCCUCAGAGACCUUCAGAUCUGAUCCAGGAUUUCUCCUCCUUCAGUUACGCUAAAACUAUGCAAGAAAAAAUGUCAGAGGACACAUGUCUCGUUGCCCUCUUCAUCACAUGAAUCUUCAUCACAGAUUUCUAGCUGAAACAUCUAUGACUUAUAUGGUCAAUCUAACUUUAUUAACCUGUUGUCAACAUUUAAACGGUUUCCUGAUAGUGUCCCAGAUCACUGAUAUCAGAAGGUCAUCCUCCACGGUUUUCAUCUCCACAAUAAACCUCUAGGUGAUCGCA